AACUGCUUUAUUCUGCCUAAGAGUAAUAUAGUGUGGGUAGUGUUGGCAUUCAUUCAACUGAAAUGUUGUACACUGAACAAAUUUGGAGUACUCUGGAUGAGGUAAUUCAUUGGGCCAAACAGUGGCUAAUUGUAUGAGGCCUUGUCAUCACUAAGGGGACCCUGAAAGAAUGCAUGCAUAUGAUUAUAUGCCUUCUAUAUACAGAAAUCAACUCUUCCCUCUGGAAAAAGAAUCUCUUGCUGUAACUUUUAUUAGAAUUAAUGAAAUGCCAUUUCAUCUUUCAUUAGGCAAAAAGGGCUUCACAGACCCUCUCAAAAAAGUCUACAUAGAACUGCUACCCCAUUUAUGUCACCGGAAGAAGUUGAGAGGCUUGUUUCAUCGGCUUCCAAGCUUAUUGUGGCUACAAUUUCUGAGAUCCCUUCAGAAAAACUCGGAACAACUCAGGAAGAGGCCUCAUUUCUAAAGAGAAGAGAUGUCAAAAGCAUCCAGACUUUGGAUAAUAGCAGCAGGCAACACUUUUCUUCUACACUUUUCUAUAAGCAUGGAGCAAGGAGAGCUAAGCAAGCAAGAAAAAAUAGGGAAGAUGUAAAGAGGACGGUUGAACUUCCAAACAUCUCCAGCAACUCUGCUAAAUCAAAGAGAUUUUUGUCUCAACCUCUUCCUAAACCUACUGCUAGAAACUCACUGAAUAGAGGUUCCUCCGUUUCAGGUUUGCAAAUGGGAGAAAACAAAGGGCAUUGUCAAGACAUACUUAAAAGCAAAAUCUCUGUCUCUGGCACUUUGUCAGUUAUUUCUGAACACAAAGAUAAGAGGAGACUGAAUGCUCAAGAAAAGACCUUUUCACUUUCUCAGGGAAACCCACCCAGUUCUGGUGGAUGUUUCAAUAAGUCAUUGAAAAUGGAAACAGAAGACUUCUCUCACAGACCUGCUGAAAAAGCUUCAAGCAAAACCAAUCAAGCUAGCAAGUGUUUGGAUCCAAGGCCAGUUCUCCGCUCCCAAAAUAUUCAAAAGUUCAAACUAUCAAAAAAUGAUAACACCAAAUACUCUGCAGAGCCAACAACUGCAGUGAUAAGUACCCAACUUGCAAUGACUGGAAAAAAGAUGGAUGAACACGACAAUUCUACAGCAGUUUCUAGGUGCGUUGUAUUUCCUGGACACGGUGUUUGCAUAGGUGAUCAGGGGAAUCCAAAAAGUGUGCUCCUGGGAAAUUCUGAAAAGAGCUGUCCUCAAAAAAGAGAGCAAAAUACCUGUGAUUCAGUCUCUGAACAAAACUCUGAAUACGAUAAGGCCUGCAUCUCUGGCGUUCUUACUCAGGAAUAUAAUUCCUUGGAUGGUUGUAGCCUCCAUCACCUUAGAGUCCCGGAAGAUGCCACUCUGGCACCUGCCAUGGUAGAUAAGCCCACUAGAUAUGCAGCAUGUGUUCAAGAGGAUCACAACAAUGGCCCCGUUGCCGUGUUAAAGCAUGGCUCAUCUUUUCUGCAUGAACUUUGCCAGGAAAUGGACCGAAAUCCGCCAGCUGAUAUGUUGAUGAACAGGCCUGUGACUACAAAUGAAACUGAUGGAAAUCAAAGCACACAUUCUCUUUUGAAUCCACCAUCCUCUCUGAACGAAUUAGGAAAUAGCAGCGUAGUUCAAGAUCCUGUCAGUUGCACAAAGAUGCAGAAUAUUGCUUUAGGAGAGUCCCAUAAUCAGCAAAUGAUGUAUAUCCCAUCCAAGAUGGCAGAUGGUUGCAGUUGUUCAGAGCUAUUGAUUGACCGUGUCAAUGAAUCCCUUCAACAGCAGGAUUUAGCCCCAGCUAUUUCAGAGACACUGGAAAGUGACAAUUCGGAAGAAUUAUUUACUAUGUCAUCUGCAUCUAGUAGCUCAAGUGCUGCAUCAUUAACUGGGCUAAACAAACAAAGGAAUGGAACUGCCGAAAAAAACGCUGACAACACGGAGUCUAGCAUGGAAAUGCUUCCUGAAAGAGUUCUGAAAGCCAUGCCAGAAAGCAACACUACGUGGCAAGACAUCGUUUUUCAAGACAGUGGAAAGCAGAGGAUGACUGAUGAAGAGAGAACAAACACAGAUCAUGGAACUGAGGGUAUCUGUACCAGUAAAAUAGUUUAUUUUUCUCAUUUCCCCAAAUCAUGUUAGUUGUUUCCAAAAUAUGAAACCUACAGAGAGCUUAAAAUAGUACCGCAUAUAAUCUGUUGGGUUUUUUCCUCCCAACUUAAUGGCAUGACAACUAUUAAUUUGGCCUUCUCAUUGCAUAAUUUAAUGCAGUGUUCGCAUACUUACCAUUGAGUACUAACAAGCAGUAAGAAUUCAAAAAUGGGUUUUUAUCUUUUUUAAAACAUCAAUGAAUUCUGCAUAUGCCACAGUCUUACAUUCACCUCAGGUAUUUAUUGAUAGGCAAUCUUGAUAAGCAAUCUAUGUCACAUUUACACAUUUGCUUUGGGUUGAAAUCUAAUUGUUAGUAUCAAUGAGAAUAUCAGCUUAGUAAGUCAGCAUUUUAUAACUUCUAUUGAUUCAAUAGUAAAGGUAAAGGUUUCCCCUUGACAUUAAAUCUUGUCAUCUCUG